CCCUUUGAUGUCCAAAGAGAGACUUGUCUACGAAAUAAGCUGUUCUUCAUCUAUAUUUUUGACUGCCACAGCUGUACAGAGCAAAAAUGUAGCUUUUGUUUCUGGAAGGGUGCCAACGAACUUGUAUCAACCUGAACACCCCGCCCCCUGAGUCUUUUCCUUUUUUUAGAAAAAAUAAAACUGCUUCUAGCAAACAACAUAAUUAGGACAAUGGGUGCUAUUAUAAAUCAUUUGUACUUCUUUUUGAUUUAUCCGUGUAUUCGUUUGGAAAUUUGAAGCCGAUUUUUAAAAACAUGUGGACAUCUUCGUAACAUUCGGUGUUACCUAAAUGUGUCUGGGGGGGUUGUCUCUCAUAUUUCUGGGUUUUUACAAAUAAAACAUGUUCUAAAGAUAUGCAAAUGGAGGAGGCAGAAUUCUGGAUUCGAAAUUCGUUGUUUGCUAUUGCUUAGCACACGGUUUCAACGAUAAGAAUUAGCAGGGUACUGAUUUAGAAUGAUAACCGGUGUGACAUUCAGAUAAUUCGGGUUUCUACACGGAAUGGUCGGUCAGGUGUAGUUAGUUUAGUUUGUUCCCGAAAUAAGUUAUCAAGACACUUGUACUGUAUAAAGAGACACAAGUAGCACUUUAUUAAAAGUAAACAGCGUCUCUGUCUCUAAGAUGAUCAAAUCUCACACACAGAUAGGGCCGCUGGCCCCUGAACAGUUAAGGGGCGGGGAAAGUAGCGUGUAUGGGUUUUUAAAUCAGCCUCUAUACAAAAUGUCCAAUUAGCAAAGGUAGAUCUAGGACAAAUGCCACACUCUUUUAUUCUGGGUCAUUGCGAUGUAAUUCCGAUAGGAUUUGGGUCUCCUUUCCUGCGGUUGAUUUCUGUAAAGCGGCGUGAAAGGUGGCCUGGGAUAGAAUACGGGGCUGCUCGGAGAAAAAAAAUCCCCUCUCAUAAUCUUCCGCCUUCACCCCUUCCCUCCCAACAUAUUUUCUUCGACGGCUAGCUUCCUUUUCAUCUCAUCUAUGUAUAUCUCUUUUGUUUGCCUGGCGUGUAGAACGCUUCCGCCAUCAGGUUUCUUUUGCUGCCUGAGUCUAUGGAGAGUUGGCAACCUGGUGCUCGUUUGUAAACUCUUCUCCAAACGGGGCCUUUAUGUGUCAGUUUUUUUUUUAAGUCCCUUCAUCUUGAUCAGAACCCCAUAAUCUUUCAGAAAUGGGGCGGGGGAAGAAUCGCCUUGGAUAAAUACUGAGAGAAACUAGCAAAUUGGCAAAGCGAAUUCCUAACCAUUCCAGGGCCCAAAAUAGCCGUAGCAGAGACUCUUCUAGGCGAUCAAACAAGCAUCGAGAACCAAACUAGAAAGGAGCCUUCCCUUCUCGCAUCUAAAUGUGUCACUGAAGAGGGGUGAGAUUUAAAAUAUCCGCUGCUGUUUCCCCUUUCCCCCAGACAAGCGGCUGGCAGGAGAUGUGCCUGCGCUAAUGACUGGUUGCAGGAAGGACCGAGUAUUUCCAGACACUCGCCUUCCCUGCUCCGAGAUCCGCCUGCCCAGUGGCCACCAUGGGAAGUAAGACUCUACCGGCCCCCGUGCCCAUCCACCCCUCCCUGCAACUCACUAACUAUUCCUUCCUCCAAGCGUUCAACGGGCUGCCCGCGGUGCCCACGGACCACCUGCCCAACCUGUACGGCUUCAGCGCCCUGCACGCCGUGCACCUGCACCAGUGGACCUUGGGUUACCCAGCAAUGCAUUUGCCUCGCUCCUCCUUCUCCAAGGUGCCCGGGGUGUCCAGCUUAGUGGACGCCAGGUUCCAGCUGCCCGCCUUCCCUCUCUUCCCACACGUCAUCCAGCCCAAGCAAGAAGCCACCCACGCGCCCCUUAAAGCCAAACCCCGCUUUGACUUCGCCAACCUCGCCGUGGCCGCCACCCAAGAGGAUCACUCGAAACUGGGGCAGGCGGACAGCCAGAGCUCCCCGCCGGGGCUCGGCUCCUUGCUCGAGGUAACCAAGCUCUCGCCGGAGAAGAAACCCACCCGGGGGAGGCUACCGUCCAAAACCAAGAAGGAAUUCGUGUGCAAGUUCUGUGGCAGACACUUCACCAAGUCCUAUAACCUUCUGAUUCACGAAAGGACCCACACCGACGAAAGGCCGUACACGUGUGACAUUUGCCACAAAGCUUUCCGAAGGCAGGAUCACCUGAGGGAUCACAGGUAUAUUCAUUCUAAAGAAAAGCCUUUUAAGUGUCAAGAAUGUGGAAAAGGAUUUUGCCAGUCCAGAACUCUAGCCGUCCACAAGACACUGCAUACGCAAGUAAAGGAGCUUAAACCUUCCAAACUUAAAUGCUGAAAUGUCCAACACCCAGUGAACUAACUUCCCCUCCAGACUUUAUGCCAAAUUCAGAAACAGACACAAAACUAUCCAGGAUUGGAGCACUGAACUCUUUUUUUAUUAUAAAAAUAAAAGGUUCCCAAAU